AUGGGAAAAGCCAACAGCAAUUCUCCAGUCAUGAAACCCCCUGAGGCAGAGAAGUCAACAAAUUACGCCCAGCCUGACGUCCUGUGUCACACCUUUGAUCUUCUUUCUAACCUUCACAAGUUGCUCCCAAAUAAUUUGGUGGAAUUGCUUCAUUCGUACAGAAGCAACGUGGACAAAAGCAAAUAUGUGGUAAUUAACCUCUUGACAUUACAGGUGCCAUCAGUUCACGAGACCCUUGCCACAUCCUGGCCUGAUAAGCCUGUGUUCUCUGAGUGGACUGUGGGAUUUGCCCAUGGCUGGGCAAAAAAGACCCUGCGACCCACAGAGAACCUUAAGACGGUGAGUCAAAAACUGGCAGAGUUUGGCCCAAUUGUCUCCAUCACUCCAUGUGGACGAAAAAGCGCCUUUGUGGUGUACAAAGAUACAACCUCAGCUUGCAAGGCCAUGAAUGCUUUCAAGACUGCAGGCACAGUGUUCCACUGCUCGUGGCAGCACCAAUUCAUGUCAAAAGCGUAUCCAUCUUCCACCCUUCCGUAG